AUGACUAUCACCUUGCAGGAUGUGGCUGGCAUAUUGGGAUUGCCUACUGACGGCAUUGUCGUUACCAGAUCUACAUCCGAGGAUUGGUUCGCUGUUUGUGCUGUUGUUUUUGGUGCCCAGCCACUGGCCAGUGAGUUUCAUCAUUCAGGUGACCUCCACAUCUCAUUCUUGUAUCGUUUAUAUACCCGGUGGAACGAUCAUGCCGGGGAUCAUGAUCGCGAGAUAUAUUUCACAAAGGCGCACAUUGCCCGCAUGCUGGUGUGUUGGUUGCUGGCGGACAAGUCUGGAGGUAGCAAUAUCGGUUGUCGGCUAGUCCCGUUGCUUGAGGGAGGAUUUGAUGAGAUUGACCGUUUCAGCUGGGGAUCUGCAGUUCUGGCACACUUGUUCAGAAAUUUGUGCGAGUGUACAGAUGUCGGUUGA